AUGGGUUACUUUGAAAGGAUCAACGCUGAAAACUGGGAUGUAGCGGAAGCUACAUCUCAGUACCAGAAAGCAAGUCCCUCGGCAAGUUUCCGAAUGAUGUUAAAUUCUUUUGCCAACGAAUUACGUGACAUCAUUCAGCGUGGACCCCCGGAAAAAGCCGCGAAAGCCAGAGAGCUGAGAAAAUAUUGGAAGACGCUGGUGAAAUCAAUCGCCAAAGAAAAGUUUGAUUUUGAGUGGCAUGAGGCAGUCAUGAACCCAACAGCGUCACUGUCAACCGCCACACCAUCACAGACGACAGCAGCAACACCAAUACCACUACCACCGUCCUCACCGUCCGCAACCUCACUACCACCGUCCUCAUGGACACUGGGAACAGCAGCAACAACAUCAAUACCACCGUCCUCACCAUAG